AUGUCGCUCAACUUGACAGCGAGCUUCAUGAGGGGCAAGGCGGUGGCGUCGACCCGCUCUCAGCUCGCACAGCGUCGUCGCCCUGCAGUGCGGGUGCAAGCGCUGUUCGGCUUCGGAAAGUCCAAGGACCCCGCCGCGGAAGCCGAGAAGGAGGAGGCGUGGCGCGCCCAGCAGGAGCUCAUCGCGGCGCGGCGUGCGGGCAAGUCGAUGGACGCGGCCAAGGCGCGGCGCAAGGACGUGUCCGCGUACAUCAAGGAGGAGCGUGCGGCGCGCGAGAAGGCGUACCGCGAGGGCAAGAACGUCGAGCUGCCCCGCGGGAAGAAGUCGAAGAGCCAGAAGGACCGCUACGAGGAGCAGAACGCCGACGACCUGGGCGGGAUCAUCCUGCCGAUGGCGCCGUUCGGGAUGCCCGAGUACGACAACGGCGAGCGGUGGGACCUGAAGGCGCCGUACUCGGAGAAGGGGUGGGUGGACGAGGACGCCAGCAUCACGAACCAGAUCGGGAAGCUGUUUGGGUUCGGGCGGAAGAAGGAGGAGGACGCGGGGGAGGAGAAGGAGAAGGAGGGGAAGAAGUGA